AAUAAGCUGAGCAAAGCAACCAAGGGGACUAGAGGUUCUCCAGCAAGAUGGUAUUCCAUUACCCCUGUAAAAAGAUAAUUCCAUACGUGUGGAUUUUUCUACCUUUCACUGUGCAGCUCACACCUCAAUCACCUGUUACGGAACAAGAUAUUGAUCUGUUAUCCAGUGAUCCAUACAUCCCUCACUGCUUUACACGGUCAUUUAAAGAUCUUACGUGUUUUUGGGAAGAAAAAAAUUUCAAAAAUGAUAAAGAAGACAGUUUAUCUAAUCAUGUACCUAACUCUAAAUGUGAUGGGAAUAAUGUCUCAUCUUAUGGCUUUUACUACUCGCGAGGAGAUAAAGAAAAUGAAUGUCCACUCACCAAACAAAAUGGAAACCAUACACUUUAUAUCUGUGUGUUCCCAGAGGAGGAUGUAAUUAUGUUUAAUGAUUUAACUCUAAAAGUAAAGGAUAUGUGUUUAAACAAAACCCUCCACAAUCGUAAAGUAGCAGUAGAAGCUGUAGGUUUAAUAGAUCAUCCAACAGAUAUCACAGUUUACUGGACUGGUAAUGGAAAUAAAUUUCAAGCUGCCUGGAAGAUCUCAGAAGAUAAUGAGUUUCAUGCUUUCUUCUUUUAUGAAGUCCAAUAUUGGCCACAGAGUUUGUCAGAAAAAUACAUUCAAACUUUGCAAACUGAAGAUCAGUUCUGUAGCCUGGAUGACCUCCAACCCGGCCAGUUAUAUCAUCUUCGGGUCCGCACCAUGCCAAGUAGAAAUGGUCCUUUGGAGGGGUUUUGGGGUUCAUGGUCAGAUGUCACCAGAUUCUUGACUCCAUGGUCUUCAGAUGCCAUUGGGUUACAUUGCUAUACCUCAGAUCUGUCUGCAGUGUGCUGUAAUUGGCAGAAAAAUACAGAAAACUACGAGCAACUCUUUUAUCAAUAUGGGGGAUCAGAUUGGUUGCCCUGCAUGGAAUCUAUUUCAAUGAUCAACUGCAGCUGUGUGUUUAUGGCAAAAAGUGACAAUGCAGUCUCUUUGAUAAUGAAUGUGUCAUCCCUUGAUCACACAAGGAGAAUGUACUACAAGGAACCUUUUUGGAUUAACCACAUUGUGCUUCCGCCCCCUCCAGAAUUAAAUGUAAAUCCUCUGUCAGGCGGCAAACUGGAACUAAACUGGUCUAUUUCUGAGCUCAGCCUAGCGAAACAUGUGGUCUAUCAAAUCCGCUACUCAUUGGGUGAAAACUCAACCUGGAAGACUCUGCAGUUUCCUCAAGGAAUUCAUUGUGAUGUGCUCGAGCUCACUCCAGGAUUACAAUACACCCUACAAAUGAGAGCAAAGCCAGAUGGAGAUAAAAUACACGGAUUCUGGGGCACAUGGUCCCCUGCAGUCACUGUCACACUUUCUGCAAGCACUGGCUGGAUAAUUCCUAUUAUUGCUCUAUUCAUAUUAUUGAUUCCUUUGUCUGUGCUGAUUACCUAUUGUGUGUUCCCUUCCAGUUUCAGAAAGUUAAAGAAUAAAUUGUGGCCUCCUUUACCAAACCUACACCGGGUGCUGGACACUUUCCUAACAGAAAUCCAAAAACAGUACCAGCCCAGCUCUACUCUGUAUGAGAAGCCUAUAGAAGAACCCCCCCAGUCUUCUUGCAUUGAGAUUCUUAGUGAUGAGACUCUUCCUACUGAAACCCAGCAAGUAUCUCAGGAUUAUGUUCAGCUCUCCCCUCCGACCUACCAGAAUGAUGAGUACUGGCCAAAAAUCGGCUUGCUCUUGCUCAGUCCAAGCCAAAGCACAGUUAGUCGUGAGCAGCCUUCCAGUGGCAUUACCAACCAGACUUAUUUUCCCACUGCAUGGAACCAGUGAAACCAUUUUGGAGAAAACAGCACAUUUUAUUCAGCUACAAGCAAGUGUUCCUGAGUCAAAUAUAACUUGCUGUGAUUCAAAAAGCAUAGGAACAGUAGAUCUAGAGUUGCUACUUGGCCGGUAAAUAUCCCUGAUAUCAAUGUUAUUACCAGGGGAAAAAAGACAAACAUAUAGGAAGCCAGGUAUUUUUUUUUUCUAAAAAAAGGUGGCAAAGUGGAACAGAUUACUAUAUAAAUGAAAUGUAAUUAUUUCAUAAACAUUUGUUUGUAAGCUUCACGUACACUUGGUGCAUUCUAAUGGGACUUUAGAAACAGACCUUCUAUAUAUCAAAUUAUUAUUUUGAUACUAAUAAAAAAUAUAUAAAUGAAGCAACUACAAACUAAUUUCUAAAGCAAUUGUUUUUGGAAACUUAUGGAGUUGCCAUAUUGCCAGUGUUUUUUGGGGUUUUUUUAAGCUUAGAUGUGAAAAGUGGUAAUUGAUACCAGUAUUUUUACCAGUGAAUUUAUAUAUAUUAUAGCUAAAACACUUAAAACACCAGAGAACUUUAUAUCAAGGGCCCACUAACCACAAUGAUACUGUAGUACUGCUAUUUAGCAAGUAUGUGGAGGCUAAAUGAGCAGGAGUAUGAUUAUUUUACUGAUCCUCAGUCCUGAAAUGAAAAAAUAUUCCUUAAAUUGUGUUGCUGCCUUUGUAUAUUUAGCCAUCUCUGGGGAAUAGCCAGUGCUUUGGUAAUGUGUAUAGUGCUGAAACACAUUUUCCAGCAGAUGGCAGUAUGAGUAUGAAUUUGUUUCCAAAAUGUUUCGCAAUAAAAGUAUUAAAUAGAUAUUAGUAAACAGAAAGCAAUUAUAUUGUAACAUUAAUGGGGUUUUGUUGGACACAGUGCAUUUAAUAUAUACAUAUUCCAAAAGUAUUCUUUUGCUGCUUUAGGAAUAAAUAUUCAAAGUGACCUACUGAACAAAGCCAUAAAUGCUUUUAUAAAUGCGUCAAUUCAUUGUCAGGAAUAUUUUAUUUAAGUGUAGACAAACCACCCACUCUUCAGUUUUCCAUGUUUACCACCCAGGCGAUAACAUUCCUUUUUAAUCAUGUACCUAGAAAACGACAUUCAUAAAUACACAAGCCAGCUGAAGUAAGUAUUAAGCGUGAGCCACAUGAAUGAAUAACUGUAAGAAGCAAAUUACACUAAAGGGAAGGCAGGGUGGGGGGGGAAAAUCCACUGUGCACCCUAGUCUGCUCCAGCUUUUGGUAGCAUUGGGCAUUUCUGCAAAUAUAGCAUGCAGGAGCACACAGUCCUAGUAACACAUUUGGACAGUAGGUGAGGCUGGGGCAGGCUUUAAAGGAGAAUGCAAGUCAAAAUUUAAAAAGCAUACUGCCCAAUAGUCCUCCUAUUGUUUAGUAAAAA